UUCAUUACACACAGCAGGCUGAUGGAAGAGAAUGCCAUCCGGGUCUGGAAUGUCAAAACCAUGGAGUGUGUGUCAUCUCUUAAACUAGAUGGAAACGAGAAUAUUUUGGUGGAUUUCUGUGGUGAUCUCAGGUCGCUUUACACUCUCAGAUUCUCACCGGUGAAUGUAAACUAUUUAUCAUUAAAAGGAUUGGGUUGUGAUGUAGACAUUGCACGAUGCCGAGAAUUAUACAAAGGAACUGGACACAGAAUGAUUGAUCUCACUAUACCUACGCCUCACAGCGCAGACGACGAGGAUCCAGACGAUGACCCGGAUGAAGAAGAUGAAUUCGGUGAAGAUUAGAACAACAUGAGAUAUCACCGUUAAAACCGACUCGAAUUUAUUGCAUCUAUAUUCUGAUGAAAGAUCUAUGGGUCAUGUUCUCAAAUGUAAAAAAAUCUUAUUGUUUCUUUUCAUCUGCCACUAUUGUUCCUAAG